CUGUGCACCGAAGAAAGAUCUGGGAAAUCACUCAGAGGAUGUCCAUUCUGGAGCAGACCACCAAUGGGACCACAAACUGCAGACCACGAUUGGACAAGUUCCAAGAAGAUAUAUGGUAUCUUUUUGUUCUCCAGUCGGUUUUGGCUGUUGCUGGGAAUGGCUUUGCCAUCUACCGCUUUGUCGUUGGAGAACGUCAGUGGCACACUGGCAUCGUCUAUGCCUUCAACUUGACUGUCAGUGACCUCCUUUGCGCCUUCUCAUUGUUACCCAUAGCAUCUUAUUAUUACCCUCCCAAGGACUGGAAAUACGGUGCUGUCUUCUGCAAACUGGACCGCUUCCUCUUCUUCUGCAACCUUUAUGGUAGCACAUUUUUUGUCGCCUGCAUCAGCCUGAACCGUUACGUUGCCAUUGUCCACCCUUUCUUUGCCCACGGCCGCUUGGAGCCUCGCCAUGCAAAGCUUGUCAGUGGGGCAGUGUGGUUACUGGUGAUGGCCAUCUCAGCACCUGUUUUUACCUUUUCCGCCCUUGAAAAUGCCUCUGAAAACAACAACAGAAUGAUCUGUCUGGGAAGCGCAUCCAGGGCAGAGCUGCCCAAGUACUGGCCCUACAGCCUGUUCCUGGCAGCUUUUGGGUGCGGGUUGCCCUUUCUCCUGACUGCCUUUUCCUGUGUGGCCAUUGUCUGCGCAGUCAUCCAUAGCCACAGUCUCACAGCAGAGGAAAAAUGGAAAGUGAAGACCCUGGUUGGCAUAGUGGUGGUCCUCUAUGCCCUUUUCUACCUGCCUUUUCAUGUUUUACGCAACCUGAACCUGCACAACCGUAUGCACGAGAACCUUCAAAAUCGUACGCCAAAGAAUUGCAAUGUUUUGGUCUACGAUUUCUACCAGAUGGCCAAGAUCUUGGUCAACUUCCACAUCUGCAUCCAUCCACUGGUUUAUGCUGCCCUGACUGACAGCUUGCGGCACCAUUGCUUCAGGUGUUUUCGUUGGAGGAAAGAGGUGCAUGAAGAAGAGAAGAAUGUGGAAAUAAGACUAUGCAACAAACUCCCUUCUCAGAUACCCCAGGACUAGUACUGCUGAAAUAAUUUCUCAUGGACAGGACUUAUAAUUGCCUUGCAGUUCCUGUAUUAUAGCGGGAAGAAAUUUUGUAUUAUUGAUGAGAAGUUAUGGUAUGAAGUAGGGUAGCCCAAACCAGUAUUGCCUUGUGACUUAUGCUAGUGUCACUACUUAUUCUGACAUUGUGGAAGAGGCAUCCAGUACCUCCUUAUGCAACAAUUUUGCUAGGCACUGUAAUAGAUGCAAAAUUCUCUCUCCUCUGUUGUUUAACAUCUAUAUGCAACCACUUGCUCAGCUGGUUCGAGGUUUUGGGCUGGAGUGUUACCAGUAUGCUGAUGACAUUCAGUUAGUGCUGAGGAUGGAGGGCAGACCCGAUUAUUUUCAUCUGUACCCGAUUAUUUUCAUCAGUGCCUCGAGGCCGUUACUGGAUGGCUGUGUGCCAGCAGGUUGAGGAUGACUCCAGCAAAGACAGAGA